AUGCAGACCGGGAAGGCGAAGCGCAAGGCGUCAGACGAGCCGUCGUCGCCCAUCUCGUCUAAGCGCGUUAAGCACGAUGACUCUGCUGAGCCCGAGAACAAGGUCAUGAAGACGCCGGCCAUCCCAUUUCCAGAAAAGGCGAGCCUACCCGCCGUCAUCGAAGAGCGCAACGGAGAGAUCGAAUUCCGAGUGGUCAACAACGACAACAGGCAUGACAGCUACAUCAUUCUCACCGGCCUCAAGUGCAUAUUUCAAAAGCAGUUACCUAAGAUGCCAAAGGACUACAUAGCCCGCCUCGUAUACGAUCGUACCCACUUGUCCAUCGCCAUCGUGAAGAAGCCGCUCGAGGUGGUUGGCGGGAUCACAUACCGGCCGUUUAAAGGGCGCCAGUUUGCCGAGAUUGUCUUUUGCGCCAUAUCGUCCGACCAGCAGGUCAAAGGUUAUGGUGCCCAUCUUAUGUCUCACCUCAAAGACUACGUCAAGGCGAGCUCCGACGUCAUGCAUUUCCUGACAUACGCGGAUAACUAUGCGAUCGGCUAUUUCAAGAAACAAGGCUUUACCAAGGAGAUCACCCUCGACAAGUCGGUCUGGAUGGGCUAUAUCAAGGACUACGAAGGUGGCACCAUAAUGCAGUGCACCAUGCUCCCGCGCAUUCGGUACCUCGAAAUGGGCCGCAUGUUACUCAAGCAAAAAGAAUGCGUCCAGGCCAAAAUCCGGGCCUUCUCCCGAUCCCACAUCGUCCACCAGCCCCCGAAGCAAUGGCAGAAGAACGGCCCCUCCCCGAUCGACCCGCUAACCAUCGAAGCGAUCCGCGCCUCCGGCUGGUCGCCAGACAUGGACGAGCUCGCCCGCCAGCCGCGCCACGGGCCGAACUACAACCAGCUCCUCCACCUGCUCAACGACCUCCAAAACCACCCGUCGAGUUGGCCAUUCCUCACGCCAGUAAACAAGGACGAGGUCCUCGACUACUACGAGGUGAUCAAGGAACCGAUGGACCUCUCCACCAUGGAAACCAAGCUCGAAGCAGACCAGUAUAACACACCGGAGGACUUCAUCCGCGACGCCAAGCUCAUCUUCGACAACUGCCGCAAGUACAACAACGAGACGACGCCCUACGCCAAAUCGGCCAACAAGCUAGAGAAGUUCAUGUGGCAGCAAAUCAGGGCCAUCCCGGAGUGGUCGCACCUCGAGAACUCUUAG